AUGGUACCUUGCUGGGCGGACCCCACAGCGCAAGAGGGCGCUCGGCUCAUUCUUGGCCAUACGCAGGGAUCAACCGUCAAAAAAACCACGGUGACCAUCGAAGCGAUAGCGAUCGCAGGUGGAGUUCAGAUGAACCUGAGCCCAGCAGCAGAUGCGAAACGCUUGUCUGGAAGUCCCAUACGUGCGUUUUCCAACAGUCCUCUCGUCCUCGACGCCGACGACUGGAGCUUUCUAAGUUCUUAUCUGCAGAGCUCCCCCGAUAGUUGGGCGAGAUUGCCGCGAAGCCCCUUGACAGGCCGUGGACUAAGCUCAAGUGGCGCCUAUCAUGAUCAUACCACUCGCAGUCCACUAUCUCAAGCCUCCGCAGUUGACAGCUGGCAGGUGCAAAAUGCAGAGGAGGGUUCGACGCAUCAGCUCUUGACUCCCACCACCGCUCGUCCUGGUUCAGCUGGCUUAGAUACCAUCAUCGAAGGCGCCUCAGUCGAUCAUGACGUCUCCCUGGCGGACACCAGCGCCUUCCUCUUCGACCGAUACCGCUUCUCAAGUGUCUCGACGAGGUCAGAGCCGAUAGGCAUCAGUCCAUGCAGCAGUCCCGUCCCGGCAACGCAGUCGGGUGUGUUGACUGGUAGGACCUCGAGAGCGUCGUCUGCCUACAGUGAUACAAGCUCGCAUGGGAUCGCUGGCGGCUUUAGGCCUAAGCCGCUCAUUCUUCGACAUCACUCUCGCUCUACUGACCCGACCGCACGAGCAUCUUCACGCCUUUCGCAUUCUACCUCUGUCCCCAUGUUGAUGCUGGAAACGACGCCGACAGAAAGCAGUCCAAGAUUCGACCGGCCGGACACAUCUAGAUCUGAGACAGCUGCUUCACCUUCCUUGGGACGCGACUAUCUGACUCCUACCCUUACAUCCAAUCCGACCCUCGGCGAUGCUAUUGUCUCAGCUCCACCUGAGGUCAGCAGAAGAGAUUGGCAGGCUGAGAGACUGGAUCCGAGCCAGGUAAUAUCGCCCAGAACAACCUACACACAAGCGAAUCUUGCAACAAAAAGGCCUCCUACCUCACGACAAGCAGAUUGCAACGAGUCCGAGAGUGUCACUCCACCUAAACGUGAACCUGCAACCAUCAAUGUGUCUCGCCCAUCCACCUUUACUUCCGUCAUAGUCCAAGACGAUAAUUUUGCCGACCAGUCGCGGGAAGAGUUGCCUCUGUCGACCCUCGAAGGAAGCUCACCUCUGUCACCGGCAAAAGCCCUGGGAAACACAACAUCUCGCAAGAGUCAAAGCUCUUCAGAUCCGGAUCCUGAUCAAAGUCUUCCAUCUGAGUCAUUGUCACCUCCACGCUCCGCAGCUUCAGCAGAGACUUAUUCGAGUGGCACCGUCGAGCUUGUCCCUUGGCAGGUCGCUACGACAGACUCGGUUGGCCCACGAAGAUCUGAAGAGAUCUUCCGCCCGCUCAGCAUGGCCAUGAGUAUGAGCAGAAGCGGUGCUGGCUCGUCCAGGGAUACUAUCACAUCACGUACCGCGCGUCAAACAGCAGCAGCUGCUGAAGCUGGAUCGUACCGGACUACUUUCCAGAUGCCUGGCACGCCUCUCAAGGGUGGCACGGAUUUCAUCUGGGGCAGAGCUGAAUACGAGGCAAGAAGCAGUCGCGAAACAGCCGGAUCCAAUGCAGCAACAGCUUCGAGAGGGCCUAGUCACGUCGGCCUCGGCUUCUCUGUUCCUCGACCGAGUAUUAGCUUGCAACAGAACAGCAGCCCAUAUCCUGAUGUCGAUCCGAACGUUGGAGGCGAGCAAAUACACUCUGACAGGAAGUCCAGCCAGGCAAUGGACUGUAGAGAGAGGUUUACACGCGGCUACAGAAUCUCGAGCCCACCUGGAGCCAUGAAGCGUCUGCUCUUCGAAUUAGAGCAUGGAUCGAAGGAUAGCCAGCUAGCGCGAGCAGCUCAACCGCAAGAUCCGUCCAGCCACGAAGCUUCCAACGACCCUAGCACAGAGGUUGCUGAUGCUACUGGUGCACAUCAUCAGCGCAGCGCCACACUCAGUAGCAUCUCGAUCUUACCUCGGACUUCUUCGAUACGUCGUCGUCAUCAGAGUAUCGAUGUUGACGGAAGACAAAGAAGCACGCAGGCUAGCGAUCUUGGUGCUGUGUCCCGUCUCGACAUACUGAGCGAAGACCCUGGAGCACAAAGCAUAAGCUCGAAUGCAGCUCAGCAGCCCAAGGCGAAAGACAAGCAAUCGCACCGCGCUGAAGACGAAGCCGACGUUUCCGAUUCGAUGCCAGCAAGGAUCGCCAAGCGGGCGAUCUACAACUCGGGUCUAAGGAUUACACUUCAGCUCUACACAGCUGUUCACCAAGCCCUCUUCUUCGCUUUCGAGUCACCAUACCUAUGGAUUAGUAUCAGCCCAGCACUGCCUCUGGUUGCCGCAGCCCUCUUCCUCGUCCUCGAUACGCUCAUUGUCCGGAUGUACAUGCUUAGAGGCGAGCAGAAAAAACUCUUCAUCUCCUUCAUCGCGGUGCUGACCUUGGCUAUGGCCUACUGCAGUGCCAUGUGUGCAUUCAAGAUUGUUCUGCUAACCAGAACAGCCGACCUCGGAGCAUCGUCGCCAGGCAUCCACUUUCAUCGCGGACGCAGCCAGGAUGGAAAUGCAUUCCAGCAGGUUUUGCGAGACAUGCCCCUGUCUGCCGUUCUCUUCCUGCUCGGCGUAGAAAGCGUGCUUCUGAGUCUGCCUUUGCUUGCGGCCAUGAUACUAUCUCACAGUCGGCCUCGAAAACAGCAUCCAAAUUAA